AAUGUACGACGUAGGGAAAUCGUUCCCUCAGAAAUGGCAGCGUGGCUCCUCUCAGCCUUCUCUCUGCGCGAACAAACCUCUAGUAACUUUAGUAUGUAAGAUCGUGGUUCUAUUACAGACAUCUAUAGAUAUCUGUGGGUUCAAUGCAACGAGUUCAAUGCGUUUCCAUGACAAUGGCAAUGACAAUAUUAUAUGUGCAUAUCUGUUUCUGCAUAUUCUCAAGACAAGGGUGGCUUUGUAACCAUUUAUGAUGAUCAAGGUGAACCUGUGCAAGACAUUGAAUCAUCAGGACAUAUUGUAGCGCAAGUUACUGCACUUGCAUGGCAUCCUGAGAGGACAUGGUUGGCAGCAGGAUGGGAGAGCGGAGAGUUACGAGUAUGGCCUGGAGAUACUGGGACUCAAGAAUUCAGUGUAAUAGUAACUCCUCAUCGAGAGUCUAUCACAAUUUUGCAAUGGAGUCAGCAUGGUAGCCGUUUAGUAUCUGCAGAUACUAGUGGAUCUAUAGUUGGUUGGAAAAUAGAUUCCAGAGGACAACUUUUUAUGACAUUCCAUCAUGAAUUGAAAGAGUCUUUUACACAAAUCGCAUUUAGAACAAAUCCUUCAAAGUCAACUAUUGACAUUAGUGGUUUGGCAAAAGCAGCAGUGGCUGGUGAUGAAAGAGCUUUAGACUUAUUUAAUUCAUGGCGCCCAAGAACUGCUGCACCAACAACAGUUUCAACUCAACGAGACAAUCAUGCAUUCUACAUUGGUACUGCAAAUGGCAUCAUAUACUUUGUUGAUUCUCAGGGACAAUGUAAGGAAGUUCUUAGUACUGAUAGUGCAGCAUUAUAUUGCUUAUUGUAUCAUCAGACUAGAGAUUCUAUCAUCAUCAUGACGGAGGGAUUAAAUAUUGGACAUUUUCAAUCAGAUUCAAUCAGCGGAGAACUGACUGAAUUGACAAAGGUCAAAUUAAGUAGUAGAAAUGAUAUAUCGCGUACUGCUUGUACCACUCUAUGCUGGAUCAAUGGGAACACUUUAGCUGUGCUCACAGGAGAACUCGCUAUACGAUGUUGGAAUCUUCAUACGGGUGAUACAUAUGUUCUCUUGCCUCCAGAUUCAUCUAAUGGAAACAUUGCUACUCCUCAGGAAAUAUGUACCAGUUUAGCGUUUUGCAAAAGCAAUGAUACUUUAGCUGCUGGUACCAAUUUAGGAACAAUCUAUUUAUGGAAGCGGAAAUCCUCUCCCGACAACGAUGAGAACGCUUGGCCAAGCAUUCCAGAAUCUUGCGCAAUUCAUGGAACAGUGAAGCAAUUAACGUGGGGCAUCAGUUUAUCACGGAAUUCUCUUUUGGCCGUCAACUGUAUAACUAAUGUAUUUAUUUUGCGUCAACAGCCGAUGUGUGCUGUUUACAAUAAUGGCAUUUGUGCGAGUCAGCUUACACCAACACAGAUUCUACUUGAAAUGGAUGAGCAAAGCUAUACAUUAAAGACGGAGAUCCAAGUGCAGACUAUUGCUGUUACAAAAGAAUAUAUCGCCGUUUCUUCUGGUAGACAAAUUAUUGUCAAUCGCAUUAACAAAAAUACUAAUUUUAACACGACUGUAUUGGCGACCUUUAGUUGUGAUACUGAAAAGAUGCUCAUCUAUGAACAUACAUUGAUUAUAUUGACGCCAAUGACUAUUCAGUUACGAUCUGUAGAAGGUUCCGUCAUUCAAACACUUCCUACCUUACCAGAAGAGGGCGAACCGAUCACGAUGGAGUUAACAGGACAGUAUUUGACUGUUGCGUCAUUGAAUGGUAUUUUAAAAAUCUGGGACUUGGGUAAACAUGAGGCUAAACUGCAUACUCGAGCUAUGGCGACGUAUGAGGCGAUCAGUGACUUUGCCGAAAUUAUUGAAGCAAGAUGUAAUGCGGAUUGUCAUUGUGUCUCGAUCACUGUCGCAAUGGCAAACCUUAUGCCUAGUUCGAUUUUAUAUGUUUGGGAUAUUGAAAGUGAUCAAGUCCACGAGUUCGAUUUCGGGGAGUCAAACGAUAUCAUUGAUGAUGAUUCUACAUUAAUUUCGCAAUGCAGAGGAAGAUUAGUUACGGCGCAUUGUUGGGAUAUGGAGGACCCUAGAUUACUGGUAUGUCGAGCUCAAAGAUUGGAAAGCCAUGAUUCUAAGAGUUUUCAUAAAAAUGAUGAUAAGAUUAUGCAAGCCUCCGUAGUAUUGGUAUCAUUAUUCGCAACAUCAGAUCAUGGUAUUGUCGUGCAAGACGUGAAACCAAUAGCUGACGAGAACUGUCGAUUAUUAGGUGUGCAUUCGCCAUAUAUCAUUAUCCUGAACUCUGAAAAAAAUUUGGAUAAAAACAGUAAAAUUGUACAGUUGUUAAUGAGAGAUUUUGAAGAAUUGGGAGAUUGCGAUUCUGUCACGAGGAAGGCAGUAAUGGAUUUUAGUUAUCAUAUUAGUGUGGCAAACAUGGAGGAGGCUUUUAAAGCUAUUAAAUCCAUAAAAAACGAGGCUGUUUGGAAAAGUUUAGCUAAAAUGUGCGUAAAAACAAAGCAAUUAAACAUGGCUCUACUUUGUCUGGGUCACAUGAAGCAAGCUAAUGCUGCACGGGCUCUACGUGAAGCAAUGCAAAACGAUGCUUUGAAUCUAGAAGCACAAGUAGGAAUACUGGCUGUUGAACUUGGUCUCUAUACUGAUGCUGAACAUUUGUUUCGAGAAGCGAAACGUCUAGAUCUUCUGGAACAAUUAUUUGAGGCUCGAAACAAAUUUAAGGAAGCAAUUGAAAUAGCCAGCAGUGAGAAUAAGAUUCGCGAAAAAACAAGUUACUAUAAUUACGCUCGUACAUUGGAGCAACAAGGUAAAAUAGCAGAAGCUAUCGAUAUGUACACGAAAGCUGAUUGCCAUCGAUUUGAAGUACCCAGAAUGCUUUUGACGAGGCCUCGGGAGCUUCUUGCAUAUCUCAAUAAUACCGAAGAAUUGGAAAUUAAAAAUUGGCAUGCCCAAUACACUGAAUCGACUGGCGACAUGGAAACCGCUUUACAUCUUUAUGAGCAAGCAAAAGAUACUUUGUCAAUGACAAGAUUAUUUUGUUAUUUCAAAAGAGAAGAUGAAGCAUGUGAAUUAGUAACCAAAACAAGUCAUGCUGCAUCAGCAUAUCACCUUGCUGCGCAUUACGAAUCGAAGAAUAAUGUGACACAAGCGAUCCACUUUUAUACAGUCGCUAAAGCUUAUACUAAUGCGAUUCGACUCUGCAAGGAGCAUAACAUGCUGGAAGAAUUGUGGCCAUUGGCUAUAUUAGCGCCACGACAUUCACAGAUAGACGUUGCUAAGUUUUAUGAAGAUAAUGACCAACCAGAUCGUGCGGUGUUGCUGUAUCACAAAGCUAAUCUGUUACAUAAAGCUUUGGAUGUUGCAUUUAGAACGCGACAAUAUAGCGCAUUACAAUUGAUUAUCAUGGAUGUAAAUGCAGAUUCCGAUCCAGCAUUGAUUCGCAAGUGCGCCGAUUAUUUCAUACAAAAUGACCAAAUCGACAAAGCAGUAGAUCUGCUCGCGACUGGCAAAGACUACAUAGCAGCUUUAGAGUUGAUUCAGCAACAUAAUAUUGUGUUAAGUGAGGAGCUCGCAGAAAAGCUAACAGUCGAAAAGAGAAACAAUGAUGAUGUAGAACACGAACAUUUGCGAAUUUAUACGCUUGAGAAAAUCGCGGAAAUCGGUUUCGAUCAAGGAAAUUAUCACCUUGCGACUAAGAAAUUUACACAAGCUGGUAACAAGUUGCGUGCUAUGAAAGCAUUGCUCAAGUCUGGCGAUACCGAGAAGAUCUGUUUCUUUGCGCAAGUCUCGAGAAAUAGCGAGAUCUAUAUUAUGGCAGGCAAUUAUUUGCAAUCUUUAGAUUGGCAGAAUCAACCAGAGAUUCUGAACAAUAUCAUCAAUUUUUAUUCCAAAGGCAAAGCAAUGGAUUUGUUGGCAAAUUUUUAUGUAGCAUGUGCACAGGUGGAAAUCGAUGAAUUUCAGAAUUAUGAAAAAGCACUGGACGCAUUAAAUCAAGCUAGUAGGUGUUUAAUUAAGGUAGUAACACCACGUGAUCCGGAUGUUCACAAACGAGCAGUGGAAUUGGUCAACAAUAGGAUGUCAACGAUUAAACGUUAUUUAGAUAUUAAAAGAUUAUUUGAAAGGGGAGAAACGGAGACAGCAAUGCAACAGGUUCGAUAUUUACUGGAUUCGCAAGGGUCCAAUCUGGAACAAUCGGUACGUCGCGGUGAUUUAUUUGCGACUAUUACACAGCAUUAUGUCAAUAUAGGAGAUACUAAGAAAGCUUGGGCUACUAUCGAAGAAUUGAAACGCUUGGUACCAGGAAUAAAUCUGAGUUAUUACUUUAAUAUAAAUCUUCUUGAGCUAUUGGGAUACAAAAUGACAGUGGAACGGCAAGAUGGUUCCGAUAAGGAUGAUGGAAUUGAAGAGCUCCUGGGAGAAUAAAAUUUCAUUAAAAACAUAUUUUUAAAUUAGAAUGUUUUCUUUUAAUAUAGAUGAAAAUAGAUAAAAAAUAGUUAAAUUAGAAAUAGGGACGUAUCUCAUGGAGGUAGCAGACACAGAUAUAUUUAAACUACCGCAUGUGUGAACGUUGAGUACACCUUUUAGAAAAUCACUAACAGUUAUCUCUAGACAAGUGUAAGGAUCGAAUUCACUCUAUCUGCACACGAGAGGUGACAUGGUUAUUAUUGAACAGAUUGUAUAUAUCAGUUUUAACAGCUGCAAAAAUGAUACAUAUAAUCAAACAAAUCAAUGCGAGGGCUCAAUUAUUUUAUUGAAUAAAUUUAAUAAGAUAAGCCAGCAAAUCGAAUUUUUGGGCGCAAUCUGUAACUUUAAUUCCUUUAAUUCCUUCAAAUCCUUUAAUUUUUCCGUGAAUCUCGAGACACAAUAACUACAAAGGAGAUAUCUAAUUUUUUUAAUUUUUCUAAUACUUUAAAACAUUGAGUUACACACAGAUUAUAAACCCAGGGAUUUAUUAUUGCAUAAACCCCAAAAAUUAGAAUUAUUAGAAUUUAUU